UCUAGUGCUUAAUAAAUCUAACUUUGCAAAAUUUUGUACGCUCUACUCAAUUAAUUUCGCCGAAGCCAACCAGUAAAGAAAGUAUUUCUACGCCGGCGGUCCGGCCGGCGGUCUCUGGCGAUGUCAAUCCCGGCGGACGGCGUUACGUGGUAUGCAGCUCGAGGAUUUUCUUCCAUAUGGUAGAAUUCCAAACCCUAGGCUUCCUAUCGGGGACAGCCUGUCUAGCUUUUCGGCCGCGAACCCUAGCUUUUAACUGCUUUCCCUCGUUUCAAGUUUCUGCUAGAAAGAUCUCCAACAUCGCACCUUUCUCUGUAAUCAGAGAUCUUACAAGAAACAGAAGCUCUUCCGACCAAGUCGUUACUUCAUCAGAUCUGUUCGCAAGACUAUCCCUCAUUCUGGAGAAGCUAUCAAGUCAUCGAUUUUCUUAUUCUUCUCUUGAUGUUGGCUGCAAACCUAUCCAGCAGAGCCCCAUUGCUUAUAACAAGUUGAUGAAGGCCUUCACGCAGGUGGGGAAGCUCGACGAGGUCCUCAGAUUAGCUCGUGAGAUGAAAGAAUCAAACUGCAAUCCAAAUGUUUACUGCUACAAUACUGUUAUGAACGCCCUAGUGGAGGCAAACCAACCUGCUGAAGCUGAAGGUUUGUUCAAGGAGAUGAUUUCUGAUGGCAUGGCCCCAAAUGUCUCUUCUUACAACAUUUUGGUUAAGUUAUACUCUUUCUGUUUGAAGGAUUUCGAUGCCGGCUAUAAGGUUAUUGCAAUGAUGACGGAGAAUGAAUGUUCUCCUGAUUUGACCACUCAUUCCACUUUAAUCUCUGGGUUUUGUAGAGCUGGAAGAGUUGAGGAGGCUAGGGCUCAUUUGUAUUGGAUGUUGAAGGAAAAAUGUCCUGUUGAUGCUUAUACUUACACACCCAUAGUGCAGGGCUAUUGUUCUAAUGGAAGGAUGGAGGAAGCUAAAGAGUUGAUAGAUGAUAUGGAGAGUCUUGGAUAUAUCCCAAAUUCUGUGACCUACAAUGUACUUGUUGGAGCACUAAGCAAAGCUGGGAGCUUUGAAGAGGUAGAAAAGGUUCUAAGAGAAAGUUCCUCAAAGUGUUGGAAACCUGAUGAAAUCACUUUUAAUACAUAUAUGGAUGGUCUUUGUAAACAUGGCAGAGUUAAAAUUGCAUAUGAGAAGUUGGGGGUGAUGGUGGACAAAGGUAUCCUUCCAAGCAAAGUGACUUUGAAUAUACUUAUAGAUUGUCUCUGCCAUGAGAGGAGGUUUUCAGAAGCUUUAUCCUUGUUGGACAGGAGCUCUGAAUUGGAAUGGUAUCCUGGCAUUGUUGGCUACAAUACUGUGUUGAGCAGGCUAUGUAAGAAUGGAAGAUGGUCAAAUGUUCUGAAGCUUUUUGUUGACAUUCUAAAGAAAGGGAUAUUACACAAUACUAAGACUCUUAAUAUUGUUAUUGACAGCCUUUGCAGGGUUGGUAAAGUGCAUCAAGCAAAAUGUUUUGCUGAUAACAGAGGGUUUGUUGCUGAUAUUUCGACAUACAAUACGUUUAUACAUUGGCUGUUUCAAAUGGGAAAGUUGAAUGAAGCUUUCCAAAUGUUUUAUAGUAUGCAAUUGGAGAAGAUCACUCCAGAUUUGAUAACACACACUAUUAUGGUUCAUGGUCUUUGCAAAGGGAAGAAAUUUUUGGAGGCAACUGAUUAUUUUCUCAAAUCUCUUAAAGAUGAAUUUGCUUUAGAUGUUUAUGUUUGUUUGAUUAGUAAGCUGUUAUAUCAUGAGAGAUAUAAGGAAAUUCUUUAUCUGUUUGAUGGAAUGGUUAGAGAAAAUCAUUUUUUAACUUGUAUUGUAUUUAAUUCAACAAUCAGCACAUUUUGUAGAAAAGGAUUUUGUCAUCACACAAAGAUAUCUUUCGUCUAUCUUGUUCUGGAGAAAAUGCUUUAUCUUUCUAUAAGUUAUAUGACAUACAACUCCCUUUUUUAUUUGCCCAUAAAGUCGGAGCUUAAUAUCUUAAUUUUAAGAAUGUCUAAGUAUUGUACUUAG